AUGGUUGCCGUGGGUAAGCAGCGCGAGGAGGAUCUCGCGGAGCCCAUCCUCGAGACUCUGAUCGCCAAUGAUCGCACGCCUUGGUACAAGAAGCCGAAUCUGCGACUCCUGUACCUGAUUCUUUUCCCAGCCUGCAUGGGUAUCGAGAUUACCUCUGGAUUUGAUUCUCAGAUCAUCAACACCGUCCAGAUCGUGUACACAUGGAACAAAUAUUUUGGCGACCCGACGGGCGAAAUCAACGACGACGGCCUCCCAGAAUAUGUGAUUCCCAGCGAGCUCAAGGGUUUCCUCGGGGCCGCGUACUCUCUUGGUGCAAUUCUCUCGCUUCCAUUCGUCCCAUGGGUUAACCAGCGCUUCGGCCGUCGGUGGACCAUCAUGUUCGGCUCCUGCGUCAGUCUCGUUGGUGCUUUGCUCCAGGGAUUUUCCAACGGCGGUACGUAA